CUAACAGGAGCUAGCAGCUGAGAGGGAGGGGGCCUGCGUGUGUGUGUGUGCGCAGUCACUGCUGCCUGUCGCAGACUCACAGGCACGACCGCUGCCGCUUCAGACUUUUUCCUUCCAGCCCUCCCCAGCAGCUCGCCUCCCCCGCACCAGCAGACAGAGGGGUCAGACCGUAGGGGGGACAGGAGGAAUCCGACGCCAGGCUUCCCGUUUGUCCUUGGCCGCUCCACCUCGCAGCAGCUGACAGCUCCUGGCGGACGUGCAGGCAGCAUGAUCGCCGCUCAGCUUCUGGCCUACUACUUCACCGAGUUGAAGGAUGAUCAGCUCAAAAGGAUCGACAAGUACCUGUACUCCAUGCGUUUCUCCGAUGACACGCUCAAAGACAUCAUGAACCGCUACCGCCGGGAGAUGGAGAGCGGCCUGGGCCGGGACACCAACGCCACCGCCACGGUCAAGAUGCUGCCGACCUUCGUCAGGUCCAUCCCUGAUGGAUCAGAAAAGGGAGACUUCAUCGCUCUGGACCUCGGCGGGUCAAACUUUCGGAUUCUGAGGGUCAAAGUCACCCAGGACAAGAAGCAGCCGGUUCAGAUGGAGAGCCAGGCGUAUGAUACACCUGACGACAUCAUCCACGGCAGCGGCACGCAGCUCUUUGACCAUGUUGCAGAGUGUUUGGGGGACUUCAUGGAGAAGCAGAAAAUCAAGGAUAAGAAGCUUCCUGUGGGAUUCACGUUCUCCUUCCCCUGCGCCCAAACCAAGCUGGAUGAGGCGGUCUUGUUGACUUGGACAAAGAAAUUUAAAGCCAGCGGCGUGGAAGGCAUGGAUGUGGUGAAGCUUCUGAACAAGGCCAUAAAGAAACGAGGAGACUAUCAGGCUGACAUCAUGGCAGUGGUCAAUGACACAGUUGGAACUAUGAUGACAUGUGGAUUUGAUGACCAAAGAUGUGAAGUGGGAAUAAUUAUAGGAACGGGAACAAACGCCUGCUACAUGGAGGAGCUGCGGCACAUCGACCUGGUGGAAGGAGACGAAGGCCGCAUGUGCAUCAACACGGAGUGGGGCGCCUUUGGAGACGACGGCUCCCUGGAAGACCUUCGCACAGAGUUCGACCGUGAGAUUGACCGAGGCUCCAUGAACCCCGGGAAGCAACUGUUCGAAAAGAUGGUGAGCGGGAUGUACAUGGGGGAACUGGUUCGACUCAUCUUGGUCAAGAUGGCCAAAGAGGGGCUGCUUUUCGAGGGAAGAAUCACCCCAGAGCUCCUGACCAGAGGGAAAAUUGAGACUAAACACGUCUCUGCCAUUGAAAAGUCUAAAGAAGGGCUGAAGAAAUGCAUGGAAAUCCUGACGAGGCUCGGCGUGGAGCCGUCGGACGAGGACUGUCUGGCCGUGCAGCACGUCUGCACCAUUGUGUCCUUCCGCUCGGCAAACCUGAUUUCUGCAACCCUGGGAGCCAUUCUGUGCCGCCUGAAGGACAACAAAGGAGUGGCACGCCUGCGCACGACCGUGGGCAUCGACGGUUCGCUCUACAAGAUGCAUCCUCAGUACGCUCGGCGGCUGCACAAGACCGUGCGCCGUCUGGUUCCGGACUCGGACGUGCGCUUCCUGCUGUCAGAGAGUGGGAGCGGGAAGGGCGCGGCCAUGGUGACGGCGGUGGCCUACCGUCUGACGGAGCAAGCGCGGCAGAUCCAGCAGACGUUGGCGGAGUUCAGGCUGAACAAGAGUCAGCUGCUGGAAGUGAAGAAACGCAUGAAGGUGGAAAUCGAGAGAGGCCUGAGGAAGGAGACCCACAAAGAAGCCACGGUCAAGAUGCUGCCCACUUUUGUCCGAAGAACACCUGACGGAACAGAAAACGGAGACUUCCUUGCUCUGGACCUCGGUGGGACAAACUUCCGUGUGCUGCUGGUGAAGAUCCGGAGUGGGAAGAGGCGAUCGGUGGAGAUGCACAACAAAAUCUACGCCAUCCCUAUAGAGGUCAUGCAGGGAACAGGAGAGGAGCUCUUUGACCACAUCGUGCAUUGCAUUUCUGACUUCCUGGACUACAUGGGGAUGAAAAGCGCUCGGCUGCCUUUGGGCUUCACCUUCUCCUUCCCCUGCCAUCAGACCAGCCUUGAUGCAGGAAUCCUGGUCAACUGGACGAAAGGCUUCAAGGCCACAGACUGUGAAGGUGAAGAUGUGGUGGAGCUGCUCCGGGAGGCCAUCAAGAGAAAAGAGGUGGAGGAUCCAGAGUUCGAGCUGGACGUGGUUGCAAUCGUGAACGACACCGUAGGAACCAUGAUGACCUGCGCUUAUGAGGAGCCGACGUGUGAAGUGGGACUGAUUGCAGGGACAGGAAGUAACGCCUGCUACAUGGAGGAGAUGAAGAACAUCGAGACUGUGCCGGGAACUGAGGGCCGUAUGUGCGUCAACAUGGAGUGGGGCGCUUUUGGAGACAACGGCUGCUUGGAUGACAUCAGGACCAAGUAUGACCAGGCAGUGGAUGAGAACUCGCUGAACGAAGGCAAACAAAGGUACGAGAAGAUGUGCAGCGGCAUGUAUCUGGGAGAAAUCGUCAGGCAGAUAUUGAUCGAUCUGACCAAGCGUGGGUUCCUCUUCCGUGGACAAAUUUCAGAGACGCUCAAAACCAGAGGCAUUUUUGAGACCAAGUUCCUGUCCCAAAUCGAAAGCGAUCGUCUGGCGCUGCUGCAGGUCAGGGCCAUCCUGCAGCAGCUGGGACUCGACAGCACCUGUGACGACAGCAUCAUCGUCAAGGAAGUGUGCGGCACGGUGUCCCGGCGCGCCGCUCAGAUAUGCGGCGCCGGGAUGGCGGCUGUGGUGGACAAAAUCCGCGAGAAUAGAGGACUGGACCACCUGGACGUCACCGUGGGUGUCGACGGCACCCUGUACAAGCUGCACCCACACUUCUCUCGGAUCUUCCUGCAGACGGUAAAGGAACUUGCCCCUAAAUGCGAUGUCAACUUCCUGCUAUCGGAGGACGGAAGCGGGAAAGGGGCUGCCCUCAUCACCGCCGUGGGCUGCCGCCAGAGGGAGCUGGACGCCCAGAACCAGUGAGGGGGCUCCUCCUGCUGCUCCACCCUGACCUCCACCCACCGCACAGCCCAAAUCGGUCUCCCGUUGGCAGCCGUGACUCCAUUUCUGCGCCAGCUUCGGUCUAGCCACAGCCAGAGGCGCGCUGAAGAAAAAUCAUACUGAAGAUGCAAAUAUCUGUUUAUAGCACCAGAGGGUUUAUUAUUUCCAUCUUUGUACAUUUUCCUCAGAAGCUUGUCAAUAACCCGCUCUAUCUAAUCUCCUUAGGUGUGCAAUAUUUGUGUAUUGCUGAUUUUAUUUUUAUAUGGAGGUAAAUAUAUGACUGUAUUUAUAUAGCCGAAGCCAAUUGGUUUCCCAAAGGUCAUUUAGGAUUUUGCACCGCAGACAAGGAAAUGUUAGCCUUUUUAUAUGAGAUCUGCAACGGUGGUGAUCUCCAAACGGAGGAAGAGGAGGAUCCUCCUCAGAGAACCUGAAGGGCUCGAAAGCCAAGAGUCACGGCUGUUCAAAUCAUGGUCAUUUUGUGUGUGCGUCCGGUCACUACUAACCCUCGUUUGUGCAACCGUGUCACUGACAUAUUGAUUUAUUCCUGGAGAGUGGACCGGGGAGAUUUAAAGGAAGUGUUAGCCAAUCUUAUUGCUCUUUGUGAUUCUACUUUAGGUGUUGUGAUGACUCCCACUUCUAAACACUGUUAUGUGCAAUGAAUAAAUGUUUGAGCCCCACGGGGAGGACGGGCACUGCGAGCGCUUCUGUGUGUCUGUGGAUGAGUGUCCGACCGUGGCGACCUGUAGCUUUCGAUGUCCAGAGCUCUGUGGAGACUGCAUGCCUUACAACACGGAGGGUGCUGCAUCCUUUUUCCUUUGUUAAUUGUAUUUUUACAUCAGUAUAGAGUUGUGAUCAACAGUAACUCAAGUGGAUUCAUUAAACUACAUUUUGUUGUGGAGUUCA